CGAAUCUUGCCGUCCGCCCAUGACCUCUCUUGCCCAUCAUGACAAGCAUUGACUUGAUAAUAAAAAUAGGUGGGUCAGUCCUAACAGAUAAAACCAGCUACGAAACCCUCAGUCCACGUUCCCUCCUUGACCCCCUCUUCGACUCCAUCUCCAACCUCCACGCGACGACCAGAUUCCUCCUCAUUCACGGUGCCGGCUCGUUUGGCCAUCCACACGCGCAUGCAGCGGGUCUAUCAAUAGGGUUUACUCCACCUUCUCCAAAACAUGUUUUGGGAGCUGCAAAGACACGACAUGCUGUUGCUACGUUGAAUAGAAUGGUUGUUGGUGAGCUGAUUGAUAGGGGGAUUCCGGCUGUGUCUGUCAACCCUGGGUCAUUGUUGGAUGGGAAUUGGUCUCGCGGGGAAGGUACAAAACCGGACCCGCCCCCACAGACUGCUUAUACGGCUUUAUUGCGACAUGUCACUGCGUUGAUAGACGCUGGAUACAUCCCGGUCUUACAUGGAGACGUGGUAUCAAGUCCAUUGUUUGGAUCCAUGAUACUGUCUGGCGACGAUUUGAUAGUAGCUUUUGCCUAUGCACUCAAACCUAGACGAGGUUGUGUAUUUCUUACUGAUGUAGACGGAAUAUUUGAUCGGGAUCCUAAAGUCUUUGCUAAUGCUGAACUGUUACGAACCAUUCAUGUGAACCGAAAAACGGGGUCCUCAAAUUGUAAUUGCGUGACAUCCGAGUCCAUAACUGUGGGGAGUGCUGUAGAUGUGACAGGUGGCAUGUCCAAAAAGCUGGCCUCUGCGAUUGCUGUGGUGAGAGGUCCGCUGGAAGAUGUGCAAUGGAAUUGUCGGGUGGUGCUGGUAAAGGCGGGUAGUGAUGAUGCAAGCAAAGCGUUGGCUGGUGACUUACUCAAUAUUGGGACAACCAUGUUAGGCGAUGAUCAGGCGUAAGACAUACCCGUGUGCUCUAGCAUAAACGCAGGAAAACCAUACUAUGGGAGAUAUAAUACACUAGAUUUACAACAAAAUCAUGAUUCUCCUCG